AUGGGAGAUUCAGUACCUCUAAAACUAGCACUGCCAGAGCUGAAGUAUCUUAUUGGUUCACAGCCAAAGCAAAAGUCAGCAAUCAACCAAUAUUCCGGCUCAGAGUAUAUCUCCAUUAUUGACAGCAUCCUAAAACCAGAUGAGAUGAUAAGAGUCCGAGGAUCAUUUCUGGGACCUAUAAUGAAGCUCAGUGAGAGAGGAUUGAAGUUAUCAGGAAAGAUGGUCUACGCCAUUCUCACUAGAAGCAUUGUUUCUGUCAAGAAGAAUGAAGCCUGGUUCCAUUUCGGUGCGCAGCCAAUGAGAUUCUCUAUAAGAGAAUUUCAUAUGAUGACAGGCUUGAAAUGUAGUGGUGCAUUAGAAGGAACACGAAGGGAAACUGAUAGAUUUAAUUGGGAAUUGCUAAAGGGGCGUAGUCAUAAGUUAAGUGACGUGGUGGAACAGCUCAGAAACACAAGAGAAGAUGCUUCUGAGGAGAGAGUAUGCCUCGCAAUGCUCAUCCUGGUAGAGAGCAUAUUAUUGCGGAAGAGCAAAGGAGGGAGUUUUCCUUUGGAAUAUGCGAAAAAUGCACAGGAUAUGACAUAUCCAUGGGGGAAAGAGGCUUACAUUGUGCUCCUGAAGUCAAUUCAAAACGCUGUCGCGAAUCAUUUGGAGAAUAAAUCCAAAUUUGAGUUGCAAGGUUAUCCUCUAGUAUUCCUUCUUUGGAUACUAGAGUCGAUUCCUUUGCUAAGGAAUAAGUUCAAGAAUCCAUCACUUGAUAGGGUUUUACAGGUUGAAGCUGAUACAAAGCUGAAGGUCCAUUGCAUACUACCUUCUAUUCCUCAUGAUCCAGAAGAUGAUAUCUCCAUUGAAGACAAAUAUAGUGACGAGCUGGAAACACUGAAAGAUGUAACAAAGAAAGGGUACAAGCUUACAGCCGAUGACUGGGAAAAUAGGUGUGUAGACACAUUUGAAACAUUGGAUGCUCUUAUUCAAAUGAUGGCAAAUAAGGAGACUAGCCAAGCUUCUACUCCGAUUGAUGAGGAUUCAGUAAAUGAAAAAGUGAACAGGAUCAUCGAGGUAAUGGAGGAGAAUCUGAAGAGCAUGAAGGAUCGAAUGUCAUUACUGGAAGAAGAAAACAUGCAUCUUAGAGCCCGUGUGUCAGAGUUGGAAGGAAACAACAAUGUUUUUCCCACUAACGUGACACAACAGCGAUCCAGUGGGACACCUUUAUCUCCAAUGUCUCACACGCAACCAUCGAGUGAGACGCCUUUAUCUCCAAUGUCUCAACAGCCUAAUUUGACACAUGAGGAGACAAUGAUUGAAUCAGCUGCAUCUCCAAAGUCUCAACAAAAUGAGGAUUACACGCAACCAUCGAGUGAGACGCCUUUAUCUCCAAUGUCUCAACAGCCUAGUUUGACACAUGAGGUAUGUAACCAAUAAAUAUUGUUGAGUUUUGAAGUAAUAUUUGGAAACUUUUGUACAUAUUCUUGAAUGCAUUCUUGAUUUUUGCACGAGACAAUGAAUGAAUCAGAUGAUGACACUCCUGCCCUUGAUACUCAAGUAUUCUCUCCUAAUCUGACAAAAGAGAAAGAAACAAGUGAGUCACCUGCUGAGAGGCCAUCCAAUCCUAAUCAAGAUGGAAAACCAGAUGAUGAGAUUGUGAGAGAGAAAUUAACAAGGGAGUCACCUGCUGCUCAGAGUCAAGUUUCGCAGAAAGAAACAGUGGAAAUGAAUGAGACAGCUUCUUCUCCAAUAGCUCCAAAGAGUAUUGAAACUCUCGUUUAUACUCCAAGUCAGACUCAGCAGGUACAUGGUCAAAAAAAAUCUUGGAUUUUUAAGUUAAUGUUUUGAAGCUUUAGAACGUACUCUGGAUUGCCUUCGUGAUAAUUUUUACAGAUUGAGAGAGAGCCAUCGGAUGACACGCCUGCCCUUGAUAGUCAAAUUUUCACUCCUAAUCUGACAAAAGAGGUAUAUGCUCAAUGACAGUUGGAGUUUAAAAUUAGUUUUGGGUGAUUUACAUAUAUAGACCUUUCUAAUUUUUGGCAGAGGGAAACACAAACCUCUACUGAUGAGACGCCACCCAAAACUAAUCAAGAAGAAGGAAAAACAAAUGAUGAGGUAAUAUUUACUCUAGAAAUUAUAAUUGAAUGUAUUCAUGAUGGCCUUUCCUAAUAUUUUUUGCAGAUUGUGAUUGAGUCACCUGCUGCUCAGACUCAAGUUUCGCAGAAAGAAACACUGGAAAUGAAUGAGACACCUUCUUCUCCAAUAUCUCCAAAGAGUAUUGAGGCUCAAGUUUUUACUCCAAU